ACCGUGCGGGCGGCGCGUGUCCCCUCGAGCGCGGCCCGGCCUGCAACGCGCUCUGGCCGCGGAGAAGCGGGCGCUGCUCUCUCUCGGGGGUCCCACCGGGAGGGCUUCCCCGGUCCCUCCCCGGGGCGGCUCCUCCUGGGCGGCUUCCUCCGCCUCCUCCUCCGCCUCCUCCUGUCACAUUCCUGCCGCUUGAGUCAGGCCUGGAGGCGGCGGUGGAGGAACCAGGAAGCAGAAGCAGGGCCCGCACCAUGUAACCGGGGCGGAAGGAGAAAGGAAGGAAGGAAGGAGAAGGAGGAGGCCACCGGGGGCCAUGGGCGACGGAGGCGCCGAGGAAGAAUUGGUCGAGCUGCCCUUGACGCACGCAAACUUGACCGGCCAUGAGGAGAAAGUUGGUAUGGAGAACUUUGAACUGCUCAAGGUCUUGGGCACUGGAGCCUAUGGAAAGGUGUUCCUGGUGCGGAAGCUCAGCGGCCACGACGCCAACAAGCUCUACGCCAUGAAGGUGCUACGGAAGGCGGCCAUUGUGGCCAAGGCCAAGACCACGGAGCACACGCGCACAGAGCGGACGGUGCUGGAGCAUGUACGCCAGUCGCCCUUCCUGGUGACACUCCACUACGCCUUCCAAACUGACUCCAAGCUCCACCUCAUCCUAGACUAUGUGAGUGGUGGGGAACUCUUCACCCACUUGUACCAACGGGACCACUUCUCUGAGGAUGAGGUGAAGUUUUAUAGCGGAGAGAUCAUCUUGGCGCUUGAACAUCUGCACAAGCUUGGCAUCAUCUACCGCGAUGUGAAGCUGGAGAAUAUCUUGCUGGACAGUGAGGGCCACGUGGUGCUCACCGACUUCGGGCUGAGCAAGGAAUUCGUGACGGAAGAUAAAGAACGGACCUUCUCCUUCUGUGGCACCAUUGAAUACAUGGCUCCAGAGAUUGUCCGAAGCAAGAGUGGACAUGGCAAGUCGGUGGACUGGUGGAGCUUGGGGAUCCUGAUGUUUGAGCUGCUGACAGGCGCCUCGCCGUUCACGUUGGAAGGGGAAAAGAACUCCCAGGCGGAGGUAUCGAGGCGCAUCCUGAAAUGCAACCCUCCGUUCCCUUCCGUCAUCGGUCCCGUGGCCCGUGAUCUGCUCCAGAAGCUGCUCUGUAAGGACCCCAAGAAGCGCUUGGGGUCGGGCCCCACGGGCGCACAGGAGAUCAAGGAGCACCCCUUCUUCAGGGGUCUGGACUGGACAGAGCUGGCUGACCGUCGCGUGCGGCCGCCCUUCAAGCCCCUCAUCCGGAGCGAGCUGGACGUCCGGAAUUUCGCAGAGGAGUUCACCAGCUUGGAGCCCAUCUACUCCCCUGCCGGGACCCCUCCCAGCCUCGAACGUGUCUUCCAGGGAUAUUCCUUCAUUGCGCCUUCCAUCCUCUUCAACCGCAACGCUGUGACGGCCGACGUGCUUUGGGCGGCGUUGGAUGCGGAGCGGCCAGGAAGCUCUGCUGUGGCCCGGAGCGCGAUGAUGAAGGAUUCGUCGUUCUUCCAAAAGUACGAGAUGGACUUGAAGGAGCCGCCGCUGGGCGAGGGGAGCUUCUCCUUGUGUCGCCGCUGCCGGCAGCGCCAAAACGGAGCCGAAUUUGCCGUCAAGAUCAUCAGCAAGAGAAUGGAAGUGAACACGCAGCGAGAAGUGGCCGCCUUGCAAAUCUGCGAAGCCCACCCGAACGUUGUCAAGUUGCACGACGUCCAUCAUGACCAGUACCAUACAUAUCUGGUGAUGGAAUUGCUCCGAGGCGGGGAACUCCUGGACCGCAUCAAGAGGAAGCAGCACUUUAGUGAGUCCGAAGCCAGCCAGAUUAUGCGCAGCCUGGUCUCUGCCGUCAGUUUCAUGCACGACGCCGGGGUCGUGCACCGAGACCUUAAGCCUGAGAACAUUCUCUAUGCGGACGAAUCCGACGGGGCCCCCGUGAAGGUGAUUGACUUUGGCUUUGCCCGCCUGCGCCCCCAGAACUCGCAGCCCAUGCAGACGCCCUGCUUCACCCUGCAGUAUGCCGCCCCGGAGCUCUUGCGGGACGGGGGCUACGAUGAGUCUUGCGACCUCUGGAGCCUCGGGGUUAUCUUGUACACCAUGCUCUCCGGACAGGUCCCCUUCCACAGCAGCCAAGACGGGAGCGCGGCAAACCACGCGGCCGAGAUCAUGCACAAGAUCAAGGAAGGCCGGUUUUCUUUGGAGGGCGAGGCCUGGAAGAACGUGUCCGAAGAGGCCAAGGAGCUGGUGAGAGGCCUCCUCACCGUGGACCCUGCCAAGCGGCUGAAGAUCUCCAGCUUGCGCUACAACGAGUGGCUGCUGGACGGGAGCGCCCUCUCCUCCACGCCCCUCAUGACCCCCGACAUCCUGGAGAGCUCGGGCCCCGCCGUGCGCACCGGCGUCAACGUCGCCUUCAUGGCCUUCAACAAGGGCAAACGUGAAGGCUUUUUCCUGAAGAGCGUCGAGAACGCUCCCCUGGCCAAGCGGCGCAAACUCAAGAUGUCCAGCACUGGUGCCGAAGCCCGUCGCAGCAGCAGCAGCAGCAGCAGCUCUUCCUCUUCUUCCUCCUCCUCCUCCUCUUCUUCCUCCGCCUCGACGGCCUCUCCCCGUCCCCACAAAGCCGCCAAGGCCCCGGCCGUGGCCCUCCUCCACCACGACCCCCCGUCGUAGCAAGAGCAGGAAGGGAUCCCACGCUGAACGGGCCGAAGGGAAGUGGGUAUUUAUUGUCUGUGUUGCUGUUUUGGGGGAGACCAAUAUCUCCUCCGUGUAUAUUUCCCCCUCCUUCCUCUCCGGUCUUUUAUCCAUCCUUGUGGCGGGAAUCUGUUGUUUUUUUAAUGAUGAAAGUGGAGGAAACAUUCUCUGUAAAGCACAAGCGGAUGUGGCUCUUCGGCGCUCUAGAGGCCCCAUUUUUGCUCACCGGAAAUGACAGGAAAACCGCACUUGUGAAAAUUGCCAAAACCGGUGGCCGUUUGGGUGAACAAAUGGGAAAAAUCAGAUUAUCAGAAGGGUUGCAGCAUUAGCCCAUGGAGAUUUUUUUUCCAUGUCAGGAGCAACCGAAGUUGCUUCUGGAGUGAGAGAAUUGGCUGUCUGCAAGGACGUUCGGAUAUUUUUGAUGUUUUACCAUCCUUCGUCCCCGCAUGGAGCUGGAGCUGAUAGAGGGAGCUCAUCUGCAGUCUCCCCGGGUGGGAUUCGAACCUGGCAGCCUUCAGGUCAGCAACCCAACCUUCAAGUCACAAGGCUUUUAUCUCCUAGGCCACCGGAGGCUCCACAGCCCAUGGGGAUAAUAAGUUUUGAUGUCGCAAAAGGGCUGGACCCUUUACCCAAAAUUCAGGGCCCAAGCGGAAUUAUUUUCAUUACUUUUCAUGCAAUUUUAAUUUAAAAAGGAGAGGAGAUACACCCAUUUUAGAGUCCCAAAUCCAAACAGUGCGGAGGCGGAAAUGUUCUUCUAUGGAGCACCACUUCCCCUGUUUCGUUGCCUGACUCCUGUCUUGGCUUUUUCUGCCAAACACAUAUUGUGUUGUCGAAGGCUUUCAUGGCCAGAAUCACAGGGUUGUUGUGUGUUUUCCGGGCUGUCUGGCCAUGUUCCAGAAGUAUUCUCUCCUGACGUUUCACCCACAUCUACGGCAGGCGUCCUCACAGGUUGGGAGCCCGGAAAAUACACAACAACCCACAUAAGAUAUUUUCCUUAUUGGAGGCUACAAAAAUAUACAGUGCCAUCACCAUUAGGUAAAAGUUUUCCCCUUGACGUUAAGUCUAGUUGUUCAAGAGAUAAGCAAACAUUAUGAAGGUUCAAAACAUAAAAAGAGAUGUGUAUAUUAGAGCAUCUUGCAAAGGUCACAGAAAUAGUCAGGCCUCUCUGAGUAUAGAGCUAUCUUCCUUCUAUGUCAAAAAGAUAAGCAAAUGCUAUAAAGUUUCAAAACAUAAGUUGCACUAUGUAAUUUAGAGCACCAUAUACAUACAAUAUUACCUGAGAGUUAACAACAAUAAUGGAAAUAAGCAAAUACUAUAAAGUUUCAAAACAUAAUAUGCACUAUGUAAUUUAGAGCACCAUAUACACACAGUAUUACCUGAGAGUUAACAACAAUAAUGGAAAUAAUAAGUACAGUAGAAUCUCACUUAUCCAACAUAAACGGGCCGGCAGAAGCUUGGAUAAGCGAAUAUCUUGGAUAAGGAGGAGGGAUUAAGAAAAAGCCUAUUAAACAUCAAAUUAGGUUAUGAUUUUACAAAUUACGCACCAAAACAUCAUGUUAGACAACAAAUUUGGCAGAAAAAGUAGUUCAAUACGCAGUAAUGCUAUGUAGCAAUUACUGUAUUUAUGAAUUUAGCACCAAAAUAUCACAAUGUAUUGAAAACAUUGACUACAAAAAUGCGUUGGAUAAUCCAGAACGUUGGAUAAGCAGUGAGACUCUACUGUACAGUCAACUGUUAUAAUCCACAGUAGUAUCUUCCAGACUGUAAUGUUUAAAGGAAACUGUAAUUAUCAAGGCUUAAAUGUGAACUAAAGUCAAAACAUAUCAAGUAGUCUCCACUAUUUAAACAUCAAUUGGAUUUGGCAACCAAAAUAAUAUAAACACAUUCAACCUUUGCAAAAUAAUAUUGGUUAAUAUAUCUUUUAAGACAUCACAGGUAUUGAAAAGCUUAUUCCAGAAAAAACCUUGACCAAAAGUUCUUUUGAUUCUUUGAGAUCCUGUGUUGAUGACAUCAAAUGUAUAGCAUAUCUCUUGAAAUUACAGUCUAUUGAAGGACUUAUUAUUUCAAUUAUUGUUAUUUUUAACAUAGAAGGAAGAUAACUCUAUACUCAGAGAGGCCCACUAUUUCUGUGGCUUUUGCAAGAUGCUCUAAUAUACACACAUCUUUUUAUGUUUUGAACCUUCAUAGUGUUGGCUUAUCUCUUCGACAUUGUCUAGUAUAGACAUUUGUGUGUAUUUAUCGUUAAGUCUAGUUGUGUCUGACUCUGGGGGUUGGUGGGCCUGAGAAAAUAGCCCGAGGGGCUGCAUAUGGACGUAGGUCAAGGUUUCCCUCAAUGUUGAAUCUAGUUGUGUCCAUCUCUAAGCCGAAGAGCCAGCGUUGUCCGUAGACACCUCCUAGGUCAUGUGGCCCCUGGCAUGACUCCACGGAGCGCCGUUACCUUCCCUAUUGAUCUACUCACAUUUACAUGCUUUUGAACUGCUAGGUUGGCAGGAGCUAGGGCUAACGGCGGGAGCUCACCCCACUCCUCAGAUUCAAACCGCCGACCUCUUGGUCAGCACGUUCAACGAUAACCCGUGAAUCACAUAAAACAGGUCUAAGAGCAGCGUCUCAGGAUUAAGAACCUUACUUGGUUAAUAUAUAGGAUACUAGCUGUGCCCAGCCACGCGUUGCUAUGGCGAAGUCUGGUGGUAUGGGAAAUAAAGUAUUGAGGAAUUGGUGGUAGUUAGGUAAAGGGUAAAGGUUUUCCCCUGACAUUAAGUUCAGUAGUGUCUGACUUUGGGGGUCUCCAUUUCUAAGCUGAAGAGCUGGCGUUGUCCGUAGACUCCUCCAAGGUCAUGUGGCCGGCAUGACUGCAUGGAGCGCCGUUACCUUCCCACUGGAGCAGUACCUAUUCAUGUACUCUCAUUUGCAUGUUUUUCAACUUUAGGGUUGGCAGAAGCUGCCUAAGUGAGUCCUAACUCUGCCUGUCCCCUGGGCUGAGUGGGUUGCUAGGAGACCAAGUAGGUGGAGCUUAGCCUUCUAACUGGCAGCAAUUGGAUAAAAACAAUUAUUCCUCUCCCUCUAAUUAGGACUUUAUUUUUUUCUUUUGGUUAUAUCAACCUGGAGGCGUGGAUGAUGGGUUGUGUUGUCAAAUUUCGAGGUUGGGGGGCCUUUAGUUUUGUCAGUCGCCGGGAUUCCAUCACUCUUUUAUAUAUAUAGAUGUAAGUUCUGCUUUAGUGUUUAGGAGAAAGGAUUAAGCAGGCCAAUUAGAGAAGGAUGGAGUGGUUACUAGCAAUACUCCAAAAUCAUUCAGGACAGAAUGCUAGCUAUAUAGCAGUAGUUCCCAAACCUAAAAUAAUUUUUUGGAUUAUUAUAUAUGGUUUUCCGUUUAUGAGCAGAUGGCAACUACUGGAUGGCAUAUACUCCUGUAACAGAAACCAGAGCCGUUGUGGUCGAUCCAAUGCAAUUUUCUGAAUCAGCUCCCCAAAUAACCAAACUAAAUCUAAAGUUGACCAAAAACCAAUUCGUAAUCCUUUUGGUACUGGUAAAAAAAAAAGGUUGGGAACCACUGAUAUAUAGGAACAGUUCUUAUUUCCUGAUAUGACUUUUAAUCUAAUCUAUUAAAAUAAAAGGGAAUGGGAAUGUCCAUGGGGAGGGAGAGAAUAUAUUUUUGAGAGAAAAAAAUGUUUUUUUAAAAAAAUAUAUGUGUAUAUAUAUAUAUAUUGAAGGCAUAUAUGGGGCUAUAGAUGGUGAAAUUGCUUGACUUUGAAAUCCUCUCAAUGUGAUAAAAUACAGAGGAUUUAAAGAGUGGUGUCAAGAGUUGGAUUAGAGCCGCUGGAGACCCGGGUUCAAAUCUCUUGAGGAAGUCACACUCUCUUGGCCUCAGAGGAAGCCUCUCUGAACACAUUUUGCCAAGUUAUAUAGGAUUGCCAGAAACUUGAAGGCAUAUAACAACCUUUUUUUCAUAUGGCAUCUGAACAAAGAUUCAAACACACAAAAAAAGAACAACUUUGAAACUUCACAAUUUUUGCUCAGGAUUCUGGUUGGGAUAAUGAGAAAAACUUGUUUUUGCUUGUAGUCGACCCUUUCCAACAUUGGGAUUGUGAAGACCCGCAACAUCUAUUGCUAUGUAACCAAACCUGCAACCUUGUUUUUAUUUUUCAACCGCAAUUUUUUUAAUAUCGGUUCUGUACAUUUACGAAAAGUCCAAAGACUGAUGCAUUCUUAACUUUAUUUUUUUUUCGUCCAGUGGUUUUAGCGACCGAGCUAAAACUUCUCUGUUGAAGGCGGGAUUGGAAUAAAAGGGAAAAGGGUUUGUUUUGUCACUUUUAACGGGGUGUGCAAUGGGGGAGGCAAAUCCCCUGGAAAUGUAAACAACACCUCUAGAGACGUGGAAAUCCAACAAAUUGAUUUUCACGCAUUGCUGGCCAUUAUCCACUCCAAUCCUUUUAUGUUUCCAAUGUACCAAUUGUAUGGACCUGUUUUGAACUGUUCCAAGUACAGUAGAGUCUCACUUAUCCAAGCUAAACGGAUAAGCGAAUAUCUUGGAUAAUAAGGAGGGAUUAAGGAAAAGCCUAUUAAACAUCAAAUUACAUUAUGAUUUUACAAAUUAAGCACCAAAACAUCAUGUUAUACAACAAAUUUGACAGAAAAAGUAGUUCAAUACACAGUAAUGUUAUGUUGUAAUUACUGUAUUUACGAAUUUAGCACCAAAAUAUCACGAUAUAUUGAAAACAUUGACUACAAAAAUGGCUUGGAUUAUCCAGAGGCUUGGAUAAGUGAGACUCUACUGUAAAUCCGCACUGUUCAUUCGGGACGGCGGGAAGGAAAAAAAAAAUCAAUCUCCAAACUGGAUAAUUUAACUUUUUAUCACUGGUGUGUGAGAAUGAGCCGUCUACAAGGACGUUGCCCCGAUGUGUUACCAUCCUGCUGGAAGGCUUCUCUCAUGUCCCCGCAAGCUAGAGCUGACAGAUGGGAGCUCACCCUGUCUUGCGGAUUUGAACCGCCAACCCUCAGGUCGGCACCCAUUGCGCCACUGGGGUUAAAAGCCAGGUAUUUGUCUGGGAAAUGUUAUUUUAACACCUCAAAUCCCACUCGAAAAAUGGAGAAUAUGGCAGCAAAGUCCCUUCUCAAAACAGAAUGUAGCAGAAAUAUGUGACCCAAGGAGUUUCUUUUUCCAGCCGCUCCCCUUCCUUCAGACUUUGUACUUGGCAGCUGUUUCAUUUGGGGAGCAAAAGGGCUCCCCUUUCCUUGGGCAACGGAGUAUAUGUGUGUGCGCGUGUUUAUAUAUACUAUAUCCAUGUGUGUCUUGACUGCCGCAUCCCUUUUACUCUCUGUGCCGGAGAGACUGGGUGGCCCUUGAGGUCUCUUCCGAUUCUACAAAGGGAAGGAGCCAGUGGCUGGCGUGUCCUCUUUUUAAACUGUUUCUCUAAGCAGCACAAAACAGCCAAGAACAGCCAUCCUUCUCCAUGCAACCAAACCAUUGUGUAUUUUUUAUUUUGAAAUAAAAAUCACCUCUGAAGCA